AUGGAGGAAUCGAGCAAGGUUCUUGAAACACUGAAAAAGAUUGAUGCUAUCGAUGUGCGUCAUAUCUGGAUCAUUCACGCAGAAACGUUUCGUGAAUUUUUCGAAUGGUUUACACAACUUGACGACGAAAAUCUCGUCACAGAUUUGUUGCUCAAAAGCUAUCAAGAACUCGUUCGUAACGGCACCGUGUUGGGGGAUGAGAUAUUGGAAGAGCAUCUGAAUGCACUGAACCAGGAGUACGUGAGCAUACUCGAUUACACGGAUUGCGACGUGGAGACAUUAGAACAACAAUUGGAACAGCUUGUCGAGGUGGAGGAAAAGUAUGAAAAACUUUUUAGCGGUGCGAAGAAAACGAACAUUGCUGUCACGAAGGAACUGUCCGAGCUGGAGCGGAAUGAUCGCGAACAGGAAUACGUUCUUGAUAAGGUCGCAUCGAACAGUAUGGAUAUGGCCAGACAGUUGGAAGAGAACCAACAGGCAACCCAGCAGCAGAUAUCGGAUUUACAUCAUUGCUACUAUCAGCGACAAAAUCCACCCAUAUUCAUCUAUCAGAUGCCGAUCGAACAAUUCGAUGCAAAGGGCGACCAGUUUUUGAAGUUCGUGGAGAUGUGCGUGAAGAAGCAUUUCACUGUGAAACGGCUAGAUAGCUCAAAGUCAACCGAUGAUGUGGAUAAUCAGCAGGUGAUCGAUGAGCUAGAAGGCAUCAAGAUGCGCUUGGACGCGGAGGAGUUAAAGUUGCUCGAGGCUAAGCGAGAGUACGCCGGGGUGAUGAAGCUUGUUGAACGGUUGCAGAAUCAUAGCUGGGUGCCAAUGAAAGUGUCCGCAUUGAAGAAACAGUGUCUCGAACUGAAGAACGUAAAUGAUCACGAUCUGUUGAGGAUGGAUCUACUAAAGCACGAGCUCGAUACGUUCAUCCGGCAGGUGAACGAGCUAAAGAUCGAAUCGGUACUGUACGAGAACAAUCGUGCGAAACUCGAUCGUGCCGUCAAUAGGUUGGAAUACAUACAACCAUUGUGCGAAAGUAUCUCCUGCGAGCUGAUGAACGCCGAGUUGCUAUGGAUACUGAUGCAGCUCGAUUUGGAGAAGAUACGCGAUUGGUUCGAUAAUGCGGACGAAAUGAAUGGUGAAUCAAAGCGAUGCUUUAAACGUAUCGAUACGAUGAAACAGAUCGAAAAGAAUUCACUGCCCGAGGAAGUGUAUAGUGAUUACUUAAGCCCGCUAUCGGCACUCGUAAAACAGGACACCGUGGGUAAUACGGAAGAAUCCAACCGAAUGAAAGGAUGUGUGCAGUACUUUUCCGGUCUGCUCAAGCGUCUUUCGAAACUGUACGAAUCGAUUGCUAAAGGAAAAUAUCAUCGAAAUGCGGAUGAACUGUUGAAGCAACUAACCCAGCAAGAGAUGUUGAUGUCACGCUUCGUGUUUGAUGGACCGCUAAAAUAUCCCCAAUUCUACGGUCAAAAAUACUUGGAACGGCUUCAAAAGAUCGGAUUCGCUUUAAGUCAAGUGGAGCGACACCUUCGGAAUAUUCGGAAAGAGUUCGUACAAAAUAUCGAAGAACCGAAGCAAAAUCAAAAGUUUUGGCUAUACUAUCAACGUCUCUGGAUUUGGUUCUUAACGGAACCAAAGAAGGUUACCUUUGCCAUUAAGGAAAUAACGGCCGAAGCGUCCAAAACGACUAGCUACAAAAGUAUCUCCGGUAUCAAGUGCAGAUCGAUUGUCAACGAUACCAAGUUUUAGCAUGCUCAGCUAAGUUUGCGGUAAGUUAAACGGAACGCGGAAGUAUUGUGUUUUAAUGUUCAAGAAGUUGAAUGAUGAAGUGCUUUAAAAUGGGUCAUUUUAAUGAGUUUGUAAGUAAACUCCAGGAAUAAAUAACGCAUAAACAAAUAUGCAGAACACACUUGAAAGUGAACAUCAAGAAGGGAUAACAUAAACGCGAUAAUUAAUACUCUUAAAGAAAAGAUAAAAGUCAAACGAAGGAAGAAAACUAUCAAAUUUGUGGUUUCUCAUGUAAUGAAAAGAAAAACUGUACGGAAAUUUAAUGUUAAGAAUAGUCCCAGAUAAAUUAAUAUAAAAAAAAUUAAAACCAUGCAAAACUAGCGAAUUGUUUCGUGUCCAGGAUGCAGAGCAUUGGAUAGGUAAAUUAUAGUAAAUAGUCCCGAUAUGCCUUAAGCACACCUUAUCACAA